GAUCGGUUGUCGCAACACUCGGGCUGCCAGUUCUCUGGUAGCAUUCGUGGCGCGUGCAUCUUGCAAUCUUUUAGCGAUCGAUAUAUACAUAUAUUGUAUAUAUAGCUGGUUUGGGAAUACCCAAGGAAAACUACUAGAAAGCGAAGUCGGGAGCAGGCAGGAGCAAUUGGAUUUCAUCGUGGCAACCUGAGGACAAACGGAAGACGCUGUGGAGCUGCAAAGAGAAAAGGCGCUCGAAUUCUUCCGAGUCCUGACCUUUGUGCUGCUGUUCCUGAUCAUCUCCCUGUACCUAUAUCGCUUCGCAUUCUAAAGGACCAGCGCUGACUGCCUGGGGUAUUUGGCCACAGCCAAGAUGCCCAAAUUACCAGCGGUUGGCAUUGAUCUUGGUACCACGUACUCGUGUGUCGGCGUCUUUCAGCAUGGCAAGGUGGAGAUCAUCGCCAACGACCAGGGCAAUCGCACCACGCCCAGCUAUGUGGCAUUCACGGAGUCGGAGCGUCUGAUCGGCGACGCGGCCAAGAACCAGGUGGCCAUGAAUCCCAACAACACGAUCUUUGUCUCAGGGUCCGUAUAGAAAUCCUCGUAGAAAGCCUAGACACCUGCCCAGAAACACAAUACAAGCCCAAAAUUCCAGACACAAUGCCACAUAUUAUCCCACCACCCCGUAAAUGUUAGCUAAUAAAGUAAAUAUGUUGUCCAAGUGCGCUGAUGUGGUUUCAUUGGAUUCUGAUCGAGUGAUUCUGACUUGCAGAUGCCAAGCGGCUGAUUGGCCGCCGUUUCGACGACGCCACCGUCCAGUCGGACAUGAAGCAUUGGCCCUUUGAGGUGGUCGCCGAGAACGGAAAGCCCCGCAUCCGGGUGGAGUACAAGGGCGAGCGGAAGAGCUUCUAUCCGGAGGAGGUGUCCUCGAUGGUGCUGACGAAAAUGCGGGAGACCGCCGAGGCCUACUUGGGCGACUCGGUGACAGAUGCGGUGGUCACCGUUCCGGCGUACUUCAACGACUCCCAGCGCCAGGCCACCAAGGAUGCGGGCGCCAUUGCGGGAUUAAAUGUGCUUCGCAUUAUCAACGAGCCAACGGCGGCGGCCAUAGCCUACGGCUUGGAUAAGCAGGGCACCAGCGAACGAAAUGUCCUGAUCUUCGACCUUGGCGGCGGCACCUUCGACGUAUCCAUACUGACCAUCGAAGAUGGCAUCUUCGAGGUGAAGGCCACCGCUGGCGACACCCAUCUCGGCGGCGAGGACUUCGAUAACCGCCUGGUGAACCACUUCGUCCAGGAGUUUCAGCGCAAACAUAAGAAGGAUCUGGGCCAGAACAAGCGAGCCUUGAGGCGCCUGCGCACCGCCUGCGAAAGGGCCAAGCGCACCCUCUCCUCGUCCACCCAGGCCAGCAUCGAGAUCGAUUCCCUCUUCGAGGGCGUCGAUUUCUACACAGCGGUGACACGGGCCCGGUUCGAGGAGUUGAAUGGGGAUCUGUUCCGUGGCACCAUGGAACCAGUGGCCAAGGCGCUGCGGGAUGCCAAGAUGGACAAGGGCCAGAUACACGACAUCGUCCUUGUGGGUGGCUCCACGAGGAUACCCAAAGUGCAACGCCUGCUGCAGGACUUCUUCAACGGCAAGGAUCUAAACAAGUCCAUCAAUCCCGAUGAGGCGGUGGCCUAUGGAGCUGCCGUGCAGGCGGCCAUCCUCCAUGGCGACAAAUCGGAGGCAGUGCAGGAUCUGCUCCUGCUGGAUGUCACUCCUCUGUCUCUGGGCAUUGAGACCGCUGGCGGAGUGAUGACCACGCUGAUUAAGAGGAACACCACCAUACCCACCAAGCAAACGCAAAUCUUUACCACCUAUGCGGACAACCAGCCAGGUGUGCUUAUCCAGGUGUUCGAGGGUGAGCGGGCGAUGACGCGGGAUAACAACAGCCUGGGUAAGUUUGAACUCUCGGCCAUUCCACCGGCGCCACGCGGAGUGCCCCAGGUGGAGGUGACCUUUGACAUCGACGCCAAUGGAAUACUCAAUGUGACGGCACUGGAGAAGUCGACCGGCAAGGAGAACCGUAUCACCAUCACCAAUGACAAGGGCCGUCUCUCCAAGGAGGACAUCGAGCGGAUGGUCAAUGAUGCGGAGGCUUAUCGCCAGGCGGAUGAGCAGCAGCGCGACCGCAUCAAUGCCAAGAACCAGCUGGAGUCGUACUGCUUCCACCUGCGCUCCACUCUGGACGAUGAGCAUCUGAGCAGCCGGAUUACCCCUGCGGAUCGGGAGACCAUCCAGCAGCGCUCCAGUGAAACAAUUGCCUGGCUGGAUGCCAAUCAACUGGCCGAGCGGCAGGAGUUCGAGCACAGGCAGCAGGAACUGGAGAGGAUUUGCAGUCCAAUCAUCACGAGGUUGUAUCAGGGCGCUGGAAUGGCACCGCCUCCACCCACCGGAGGCUCCGGUCCAGGAGCAACUGGUGGCUCGGGUCCUACCAUUGAGGAGGUUGAUUAGUGAAGUGCAACACUAGUUGAUUUUAAAAUUGUUUGUUAUCGCUGGAAUCUCGAAAAAUCUUUCGUUCCUCAAAUAAAUUUUAAGUGUUUGAGA